CUGUCCAGGGAAUGUCAAUACGACAAUAUUCAAUUUCAAUUUAUCAAUUUUAUUUAUGCUAUGCUAUGCACUAGGAAACUGUAUUUUACUUUUUUUAAUUAAUUAGAAUAUUUUACAAAAAUUACAAGUUUACUUAUGUAUUAGAUUUCAACUUCUAUCAUCUGAAAUUCGUACACAUUAAUCACUACGUGAAAUAAAUACAAUAUCAGUUUACUAUGUGGCAAAGGUUUUUGACUCUGAAGAAGGUAGACUUAAAAGUUUAUUUAAGUUAAAGUGAAGAUGAUCACAAGAAGUAUUUUUGGAAAUAGCGUGGAACUAUUUCGGUUCGUGCUACAAACCGCUUGUAUAACUCACUGCACUUGGGAAUUUAUUGGAGAUUUUGUGAUGUGUUCUGGCCCUUCAAUGGAACCUACACUUCAAACCAACAACAUCCUUCUAACAGAGCACAUGUCUCCACGUUUUCAACGGUUGUGUAAAGGUGACAUAGUAAUAGCCAAGUGUCCAAGGAACCCAAAGCAGUAUGUAUGUAAAAGAAUUACAGCAUUGCCUGGGGACAAAGUCAGAGGCCACUUUCCUGGACGGAGCCAAGUUGUGCCUAGAGGACAUGUUUGGUUGGAAGGAGACAAUUCAAAUAACUCUGCAGAUUCUAGAGUCUAUGGUCCAGUACCACAAGGUCUGAUAAGGAGUCGAGUUGUAUGCAGAAUAUGGCCUUUAAAUAAAAUUAGCUCUUUAUCUGAAUAGAACAGUACUUAAUUACUAUGUACAGGUUUGUAAAUAUAUUUUAGUAGUACCUUAGUUAUGCUGAAGUAAUACUUUAAAUGAAUUGUUGAAUUGUCUUUAGUUUAUUGAAAUAAAAAUGCUGUUAAUAAAU